GGUUACAUCAGAAAACCCGGCGAUCUGUAAGAUAACUGCGUUACAGAAACUGCGUUUCGGUGUUAUAUUUAAUUAUAUUUAUAUAAAUUAAACAAUUAUUAAUCUAUAGAUGAUUCCCCGCGGGAAAGACUUUUUAGUGCGGAUAUCUUUUUACUGGAAGCCUCUUUUUAAAGGGAAAUUUCUACUUGUGACCAACACAGUAAGUGGUGGAGCCAUGCUGUCACUUGGAGACUUCAUUCAGCAGAGUCGGGAAAUGCGAAAGUCACCUGAUAAAACUCGAGACUGGCACCGUACAGCCCGAAUGUGUGCUGUUGGGAGUUCGAUGGGGCCCUUUCUUCAUUACUGGUAUAUGUGGCUUGACAAGAUAUAUGUCGGAAAAGCCAUUAAAACUGUAGCAAAGAAGGUUUUGGUUGACCAGCUAAUUGCAUCCCCAAUUCUUGGUGGAUGGUACUUCUUAGGCAUGAGUUUUAUGGAAGGCCAUGGAGUCAAAAAGGGCUGGACAGAGUUCGGUGACAAGUUUUGGGAGUUCUAUAAGGCUGACUGGUGUGUGUGGCCCGCAGCACAGAUGAUCAAUUUCUACUUCCUGUCCCCAAAGUUCCGUGUUGUGUAUGUCAACACCAUUACGUUGGGAUGGGAUACCUAUCUGUCGUAUCUGAAGCACAGAGAGCCGGCACACAGAGAUGAGGCGCAGGUGGGGGAGCAGCCAGCAGGGGGAGCGCUGGAGGCAGAGCCGCUGCCGUUGGUGGCAGAGCCGCUGCCGUUGGUGGCAGAGCCGCUGCCGUUGGUGGCAGAGACGCUGCCCCUGGUGGAGAAGAUCUAGUACUGCAACAGCACUGUCAGACAUGGCAGAUCUGAGGUGGCCUGCCGGAUCUGAGCCAGGUCAGGGCCUGAUUGGUCCAGGGCCAUCUGAUGUCAUAGAGGUUUCUAGGGGAUGAUCUCAGGGGCGGGCUAUCUGCUGACAUAGGGGUUUCUGGGGGAUGAUCUCAGGGGCGGGCCAUCUGCUGUCAUAGGGGUUUCUGGGGGAUGAUCUCAGGGGCUUCUUUAAUCUCUCUAGUCGUUGUCAUCAUGUUUGUUUUAUAUGCCCCACUUUGAAAUACUCUGGAUGUUCUUGCUCUUGAAUUUGCUACAGUUCUGUAGUACUGUAGGACACCAAGUCCCUUUAUGCUCCAAUUUAUAUGGAGUAAAUGUGUAUGUGCUUUACACAAACAGAGAAUCAAGGAACCUGUGAUUUCUGUGUUGUUCAGUGAACUACGGUCUGUGAGUGCACAAAAUAAGCCUUGAUGUUAACUUGCAUCUUAUUUCCGGCUUCUUCUGGCCUCCUGGUGGUGCAAUAAGGUAAUGCACAGUGUGUCUCAACCACUGCCACUACUUACUAUCCCACUAGUUUGGUGUCCACUAGAUGGACUAGAUGGAUUGAAGACCGCGGUGUAGUUAGCUCGGUAUUAGACAUUCCCUUGACGUUCACAACAUAGCUGGAUCUGUAACUUUUAUCUCAUAAGGUUAAAUUAACUACUUACACAUUAUGUUAUUCUGCCUUGUAUUCAGUUGUGAAACUGUUGGCCUAAAUAGCGUUCAAACAUUUAAAAAAAAAAUGGUACAAUGCCGCUUUUUAUUCAGCCGUUUGUCUUGCACUGAGAUGGCAUUUCAAAAUAAAAGCCUGUUCCUAAAUUCACGCAUAGGCCUAUUGAAGAGUAGUUUGAGUGAGUAGAAUAUUGGCGAGGUAAGGCCAAGAAUGGUCAACACAUUUUGAAUAAUCAUGUUUUCUGUUCAGUUUUCUUUAAACAAUAGUACAAGAUUACUGUUCUGAAUAUUAAAAAGAACUUGUAAUUUUGGAAUAGGGUUCAAAGGGUCAACCCAAGGCAUGGCAUUUCAACUUAAUUUCAAUAACAUUCUAGUACGAAAGGAAUGACCAUGUACCGUCUGAUGUCUUUGAUUUUUAUUUCUCAUCAAUUUGUUUUCCACUAUAUGUGGAGUUUAAGUGGGGUUUAAAGAGAAACAAAAAAUGCCAAAUUCCUAAGUGUCUUGUGUUUUGACCAUGAAAGAAUCACAAAAAAAAUCACCAAGUCCUGGAGGGACUGCCAGCUGCUGUAACCCAGUGAUGUUGCAGCCAUGUCAAUAAUAGUCUAUCCGUUUGAAAUGUGCCUUGACAAGUCAGGGUUUGAAAUGAUUUAAGCAUAAAUAAUGUGUGUUUUUGAAGUAUCCAAUUGAUGAAGGUGACUUUUAUUUCACAAAAUGAGAUGUUCCACCAUAUUUUAUACAGAUUGCUACUUUACAGAAAAUGUCUCAGUAGAAAGACUGCGAUGUGUCUUUAUAGUCUGUGUGAAGAGUACAGAGGACUGUGAAACGGCUGUGCCUUUCUCCCUGUAUCACCUUUGCUGGUGCCUUCAGAGUGAGAUCCUCAGCCGCGUCCUCAGCCUCUUCCAUGACCUCCGACCUCCUGACUCGCCCUACUUAAAACAGUUUGACGGGUCAUUCUUUGAUUUUGUUACAACAAAAAGUAUUUAAUAAAUAUCCACCACUGCUGUACAUUUGAAA